UCAGGAAGUGAAACACAAGGCUGUACAGGGGAAACUAGGAGGAGCAGGGAGAAAGUUAACAUUCUCCAUAGACAAUCUUUGUUUAAUGUAAACAGUGUCCGCGGGGUUCUGUCGGUUUCCAGCGUUUCUAAAUGACAGAAACCGGCUUUUUACGCGAGCAUGUUUCACAGAAAGCUCCCCAGCAGAGCAUUCAUCAGCAGGUCGAUUCAGCUCCGUGUCCAGCUUCAUAAGCGACUCGUAAAGAUGUCAGGGACGAAGCCUUCAGAGGAGAGGAGCUCGGAGCGAGAGAGAAGCAGCUGCGACCUGCAGACCAGUGAAGACAGCAGCGCUGCAGCUGCACAGAGGCUCACAGAGCAGGAGGUGACCAUCCACAGACUCCACAGGGAGGCGUGUGAGGCAAAGAAGCAGAUGUAUGUGGACCCUUCCAGUGGGUAUAAGGUGUUCACAGAGUAUGCCCACCUUCAGAGAGGGAAAUGCUGCGGCAGCGCCUGCAGACACUGUCCAUAUGGCCAAGUCAACGUGAAGGACCCUGCAAUGAAGAAACACUUCAACUCCCUGUUUUACGUAUAGAGCUGUAACGAGGCAGAGAUAAAAUGCUAAAUGCUAGUUGGAAUGAGCGCAGCUCUCCUGGCUUGUCUCCUGCCUGUCGUUAUUUUUCCUGCAUGUGAGUCUUUUUUUUAUUUUUUUGCUGUGUAAUAAAUGAUGAAAUAUU